UUGUGGUGUUAGAAUUUUAAUUGUGCACUGAAUCAUGGCAGCUCGAAGGAUCUCAUCUCUCGUUACUCAUCAACGUUCAUUCUCUCCUUCCAUUGCCUUGCUCUCCUCUGGGAGGCUAUGUCACCGCAUUUCCCAGUACAGCACUUCUACAAUUGAGGAGCCAGUGAAGCCACCUGUAGAAGUAAAUUAUUCGAAACUUCUGAUUGAUGGACAAUUCGUUGAUGCUGUAUCAGGAAAAACAUUUCCAACAAUAGACCCUAGAACGGGAGAGGUGAUUGCUCAUGUUGCUGAAGGUGAUAAAGAAGAUAUUGACAUAGCUGUAGCGGCUGCUCGAAAGGCUUUCAGUAAAGGACCAUGGCCUAAAAUGAUUGCUUAUGAUAGAUCAAAUAUAUUAUUGAGGUUUGCGGAUUUACUAGAGAAACAUAAUGAUGAGAUUGCUGCCCUUGAGAGUUGGGACACUGGAAAACCAUUUAAACAGAGUGCUCUCGUUGAAGUACCAAUGCUCACGCGUUUCUUCCGAUAUUAUGCAGGCUGGGCGGAUAAAAUCCAAGGCCUCACUGUUCCUGUUGACGGUUCAUAUCACUGUCAAACUCUGCAUGAACCGAUUGGCGUUUGUGGACAGAUUAUUCCUUGGAACUUUCCGCUUCUUAUGUAUGGUUGGAAGGUUGCCCCUGCAUUAGCAUGUGGUAACACUGUUGUUAUGAAGACAGCAGAGCAAACACCACUAUCUGCACUGUAUGUAUCAAACCUACUUCUUGAGGCUGGCCUUCCCCCAGGAGUUUUGAACAUUGUUUCUGGGCAUGGGAAUGGUGCUGGUGCUGCUUUAUGCCUCCAUAUGGAUGUGGACAAGCUUGCUUUUACCGGAUCGACUGAAACUGGCAAGAAAGUACUUGCUGCAUCAGCUGAUAGCAAUUUAAAGGCGGUGACUUUAGAACUUGGAGGGAAGUCCCCUUUUAUUGUAUGUGAGGAUGCAAACAUUGAUGAAGCGGUUGAACUAGCCCACGAAGCUCUCUUCUUUAACAUGGGGCAAUGCUGUUGUGCAGGCUCCCGUACAUAUGUUCACGAGCGGGUAUAUGAUGAAUUCGUAGAGAAAGCAAAAGCUCGUGCACAAAAUCGUGUUGUUGGUGAUCCAUUUAGGGAUGGAACUGAACAAGGUCCUCAGAUUGACUCUGCUCAAUACGAAAAGAUCCUGUAUUAUAUAAGAUCUGGAAUUGAUUGUGGAGCUAAGCUUGAAACUGGUGGUGAUAAAAUUGGCGAGAAGGGAUUCUAUCUUAAGCCUACCGUAUUCUCUAACGUUCAGGAUGAUAUGAUGAUUGCACAAGAUGAGAUCUUCGGUCCAGUUCAGAGCAUACUAAAAUUCAAGACUUUGGAUGAAGUGAUAGAAAGGGCGAACGCCACUCGAUAUGGACUUGCUGCAGGAGUGUUUACGCGGAGCCUUGAGACUGCCAACACAAUGAUGCGUGCAUUGAGAGCUGGAACAGUUUGGAUCAACUGUUAUGAUACAUUUGACGCUGCAAUACCUUUCGGUGGAUAUAAAAUGAGUGGUCUUGGCAGAGAAAAGGGUGUUUAUGGUUUGAAUAACUACUUGCAAGUUAAGGCUGUGGUUAUGCCGGUAAAGAAUCCUGCAUGGUUGUAGGCAAGGAGAAGGGCUUGCGAUGUAUCCUUCGUGC